UUUAAAAAACUUUUGUUUUUAUUUAAAUAAUAUUCUUUUUCCAACAAUCAGUUAUUGAAAAAUGGUGAAGUUGUGUUAUUUAUGUGAUAGAAAAGCGUCGAGAGCUGACAAUAUUUCUUUGCAUCAAUUUCUGAAAAAUUUGGAGAUACGUUUGAAGUGGCUAAAUGCCUGUGGAUUAACUGAAAAUGAUGAUGUAAAAAAAACUUGCAUAUGUUCCAGACAUUUCAAAGCUGAUGAUAUUUGUCAAUCAAAAAUUUUUGGAGUUGUUAAAUCUUCUAUAAAACGUAAUGCAGUUCCUACACUUUAUUUAACAAAUCGACUCAGUAUUGAUAAAACUAGUAAAUUACCACCAAACACGCCGCUAUCGGAAGUAUUUGAUGAGAAUGGAGUCAACAAUCAAUCGUCAUCAUGUUUUUCUGAGAAUAAUAUUGUCAACCAAUAUAAUGUACUCAAUACUUUGCAAAAAAGUCCAAAAAAAUGUUUUGAAGUAGACAAUACUGAAUGUCAAACCUCAAAUAAUAGUAGCAUUAAUUUUGGAGCCUCUUGUAACCAAUCUGAUUUAAAUGAAUUUAUAGAAAAUGCAAAAUCAAAUCCUAUCAGCGAAGACAAAAAUACUGUUCCACAUUAA